AUGUCCUCAAGUGCUCUUCUAUCAUUACCACGCGAACUCCGCGACGAAAUCUACCUCCACCUCUACCCCCCAUCCUCCAACCACCUCACCCUCUUCCUAACCGGGCACUCCCCCCGCUACAGCCUCACCUCCUUCACCCUCCAGCACCACACCGGCGACGCCCAGGACUCCUACCGCAAAGCCCUUCAACACAGCACAGCGCUCCUCCGAACAUCUAAACAACUCCACCACGAAGCAACACCCUUCUUCCGCUCCUCCAUCCUCUACAAAAUCGUCGUCGAGGGAUCCUCGCCGGGUGCGAUCGGCUCCAAGCUCUCGGAAGGACAGUUUCGAGCUUUGGUGGGGAGGAUGCGGAGGGGGGUGGUAUUGGUGACGUGGAAGUAUAAACCCUACGGCGCUUCUUCGUCGUCGAAUCCGAGGCUUUCGGAUAUCGAACAAGUCCUCUCACCUUUGAAGCGGAAUACAGCCCUCCUCGUAGCCAUCCUACGGCAGAACACGGACAUGAAGCUCGAAGCGAUCGGCUGGGACUUCGACGCACGUUCGUCUGGGGAUCCGGUGGUCGUUGAUUCGGCUGUGAGGGUCUUGGAGGGUUUGGGCAGGCAUGAGGGUGUAAAACUCAGGAAUAUGGCGCUGCCGAGGGAGGCUGUCACUGAGGAGGCUUUGGCGAGGUUGGUGAGGGUCUUGGGAGGGGUGGAUUGUUCGGAGCCUUUGGUUGUAGAGAGUGAGUCUUCGUGUGAUGGUCCUGUGAUCCUAGAUGAUGGGCAUGAGUGA